ACCACAGACAGCUGGAACGUUUUCCAACAAGCAGCAGCAGCAGCAGCAAUGACAGUAACGUACUCCCGCAGAGUUGCUGAUGCAGGUCUAGGGACCUUCUUUCAUCUGCUCCUGCGAUGGAAGGGCAGCAUCUAUAAGCUGCUCUACAGGGAGCUCAUCAUCUUCACUCUGCUCUACUACUUCCUCAGUGUUGUCUAUAGAUUUGUACUAAAAAAUGAGCAGAAGAGGCUCUUUGAGAGGCUGUCAAUAUACUGUGACCGCUAUGCCGAACUCAUCCCUGUGUCAUUUGUGUUGGGCUUCUAUGUGACACUGGUGGUGUCCCGUUGGUGGGGCCAGUUUGAGAACGUACCCUGGCCUGACCGCUUGGCGGCUUUAGUUGGAGGUCAUGUUCGUGGAGCUGAUGAGGCCUCCAGGUUAACCAGAAGAACUCUGAUGCGCUACGUUAACCUGUCCGGCGUGCUGAUCUACCGCUCUGUGAGCACAGCCGUCUACAAACGGUUUCCAACCAUGGAGCAUCUGGUGCAGGCAGGUUUGAUGACCUCAGAAGAGAUGCGGCACCUGGAGGAGCUGCCCUCCCCUCACAACAAAUUCUGGGUGCCCUGCAUGUGGUUUGUCAGCCUGGCGCUGAGAGCGAGGACUGAGGGUCGGAUCAACAAUGACGUGGCACUCACAGGCAUCCUCACUGAGCUCAACAGUUUACGGGCUAAGUGCAUGAAGCUGUACGGUUAUGACUGGAUCAGCCUGCCUCUCGUCUACACUCAGGUGGCAACGGUGGCAGUCUACAGCUUUUUCUUGGCCUGUUUGAUUGGUCGUCAGUUCUUGGACCCAGCUCAGGGAUACCCUGGCCACGAUGUGGACUUCUACUUGCCUGUCUUUACUUUGCUCCAGUUUUUCUUCUACGUCGGUUGGCUGAAGGUGGCUGAACAACUGAUCAAUCCCUUUGGCGAAGAUGAUGACGACUUUGAAACAAACUGGCUAGUUGAUCGGAAUUUGCAGGUCUCUUUGCUGUCAGUGGAUGAGAUGUAUGAUUGCCUGCCAUUGGUUGAGAGGGACAUGUACUGGAAUGAGUCGGAACCACAGCCUCCCUACACCACUGCAAGUGCUGAGCACCGCAAACCCUCCUUCAUGGGCUCAGCGCUGGAUAUCAGUGUUCCCAAGGAGGAAAUGGAGUUCCAGUCCAAUCUGGAACAGAUCAAAGAAAAUGAAGAGGCCAACUAUUCCACCCCGCUUCUGGGAGGGCUUGGUCGCCUUCUUGGCGUGCAGUCCCCUAACUUUCAUCGUUCCUCCCGUGUGUCUCUGUUACGCCGGCGCCCUGGAGCUCCGCUCAGCAGAUACCCCCUUUACCUCCAUCCAGAGGCUCCAUCAACUCAAGGCCAAGGCCGCCAGCCUUUCAACCAGGACCGAGAUCCGGACUUUGCCUUCUCCACUAUGCCUCUGUAUGAAAGACCAGGUUUCUACAGCUGCCCACAAACACCCAUCCACUGCGUGCCCCCUUCCGUUCCUCGCCCGCGACCCUUCAGGCGAACCCAAAAUGAGUGGGAUCGCAGCUGUAGCUCUAUGGCUCCUCCAAUGGUGGGCUCCCAGUUGCUGCCCCCUGAUACUCCCAACCACCUCCCGCCGCCUCCGUCUUCUGCUUUUCCCUGGCUCAGCAGUGAGGGUGACAUGCAGAGUGCUCCAACCUUCUCUUUCCCUGACCCUCCGCCAGAACUCUGUCCGAUAUCUAAACUCAGACCAGCACACGGCCUACUGUCACGCCGACCUCCCCCUCCACGCCUCACCUUGGACCCCCUGCCGUCGGCUGAUAGCCAGCCCGGACCCCUUAGUGCUCGGACCGUAGGAAGUGGAGGUGAGAGAGUGUUCUCAUUUACUCCCCCUUCCAACGCAGUGGUGCCAAAUCCCAGUAAUCCCACCAGCAGCUCCAGCAGCAUUAACGCAACAAGCACCAACAGCACGGGCACAACAGGAAGUCUCUGCAACGGAACAAGUAAUUUCAGUAACCACGGGAGCUUCAACUCAAGCAUGAGGGCGAGCAAUGGGGGCACCAACGGUGGACUGAGCAGUAACACGAACACUGUGUCCACUGCAGCAACGCCGCAGCAAGAAACCAACCAGCAAAAUUCUCCCAAUGAUUCAGGAAUCUCAUUGGCGGAAGGGGACCUGCUGGGUGUGCUGGUGGAUGGUGUGGAAAAGAAGGCCGCAGGAGGAAGGGAGCCUUAA